AUGAUUCACGUCUCCAUUCUGACUGUGGCUUCAGAAUCAGCUCAAGCAUCAGUGCGCUUGGCAAAAGAAGUAAAGAUGGUCCAACCUGCAGAACAAGUUGCUGAAGCUGUUGUGAAACCAGAACAUGAGGAAAUCAUUAAGGAAAAGGAAAGAUUGCUCGAAUUUAAAGAGAUAGAAACUUUACUGGAUUUAGAAAAAGAUCGCGAGCAUGAUUUUGUUGACAUAUCCGUGAUCACUGUGGUUUCAGACUCGAUUGAAGCUUCACUUCGCUUAGCGAAGCAACAAAAGGUUGAGAAGCCACAGGAAGAUGAGGAGAAAGUGGUGAAGCUCGAAGAGAAAGCUGUUAAGGAAAAAGCGAAAAAACCGGUCGAGAAAUUGGAGGAAACGGAAGUCACAUUGAAUUUGGCUAAAGAUCUCGAGAAUGAAUUUGUUGACAUAUCUGUCAUCAAUGUGGUUUCAGAUUCGAUCGAAGCUUCACUUCGCUUAGCGAAGCAACAAAAG